UAUACCACCCCAGAGGGCACACCUCCUUUUGGAUAGGGACCUAUAAAUGUCAAGGAUUUUCUCUUCAAUUGAGAAGAACCCAGCAAAAUGGGGAUUUCCACAGUCAUCCUUGAAAUAUGUCUUUUGUGGGGACAAGUUCUACCUACAGGUUCAGCAACAGUAACAGUGAUAGACGCCACAGAAGGUGGUUUACAGACGACUCCCAUGAUAACUGAUUUGGCCCUGAGGCUGGUGAAUGGAGGUGACCGGUGUAAGGGCCGGGUGGAGAUCCGGUACCAGGGUUCCUGGGGCACCGUGUGUGAUGACUACUGGGACACCAAUGAUGCCAAUGUGGUCUGCAGGCAGCUUGGCUGUGGCUGGGCUGUAUCCGCCCCAGGAAAUGCCCGGUUUGGCCAAGGCUCAGGGCCGAUAGUCCUGGAUGACAUGCGCUGCUCAGGAUAUGAGUCCUACCUGUGGAGCUGCCCCCACAACGGCUGGCUCUCCCAUAACUGUGGCCACAAUGAAGACGCUGGUGUCAUCUGCUCAGCCGCUGAAUCAGAUCAUCUCACAACACGUAGUUGGUGGAUCCCAGGGACUACAGACUCUGGUCUGCCUCUGAGGCUGGUGAAUGGAGGUGACCGGUGUCAGGGCCGGGUGGAGGUCCUGUACCAAGGCUACUGGGGCACUGUGUGUGAUGACAGCUGGGACACCCAGGAUGCAGAUGUUGUCUGCAGGCAGCUCAGCUGUGGCUAUUCUGUGUCAGCCCUGGGCGGGGCCCACUUUGGUGAGGGCUCCGGAAACAUUCUCUUGGGUGACGUGCAUUGCUCGGGAAGGGAGCCCUACCUGUCAAGCUGUCCCCACAGCGGAUGGUACAACCACGAAUGUGGCCACAGGGAAGAUGCUGGUGUCGUGUGCUCAGCUUCUCUGUUUCCCUCGAAGGCGCCCCUGGAGACAACUGUAGCAGAAGAGAGUUGGCCUGCCAGGACAUCACCUGUAAUCACAGAAGACAUUAGGCCGACCACAACCCCAGGUGCAUCAACAGCAGACAUUUGGCCGACCACAGCCCCAAGUGCAUCAACAGCAGGAUCUGAAUCCAGUUUGGCCCUGAGGCUGGUGAAUGGAGGUGACACGUGUCAGGGCCGAGUGGAGGUCCUCUACCGAGGCUCCUGGGGCACCGUGUGUGAUGACAGCUGGGACAUCAGUGAUGCCAAUGUGGUCUGCAGGCAGCUGGGCUGUGGCUGGGCCGUGUCGGCCCCAGGAAAUGCCCGGUUUGGUCAGGGCUAUGGACCCAUUGUCCUGGAUGACGUGCGCUGCUCAGGACACGAGUCCUACCUGUGGAGGUGUCCCCACAGUGGCUGGCUCUCCCACAACUGUCGGCACAGUGAAGACGCUGGUGUCAUCUGCUCAGCUGCCCAGUCCCGGUCGACGCCCAGGCCAGACACGUGGCCGGCCACCAGCUCACCUGCAACGACAGAAGGAUCUGAAUCCAGUUUGGCCCUGAGGCUGGUGAAUGGAGGUGACACGUGUCAGGGCCGAGUGGAGGUCCUCUACCGAGGCUCCUGGGGCACCGUGUGUGAUGACAGCUGGGACAUCAGUGAUGCCAAUGUGGUCUGCAGGCAGCUGGGCUGUGGCUGGGCCGUGUCGGCCCCAGGAAAUGCCCGGUUUGGUCAGGGCUAUGGACCCAUUGUCCUGGAUGACGUGCGCUGCUCAGGACACGAGUCCUACCUGUGGAGCUGUCCCCACAGUGGCUGGCUCUCUCACAACUGUCGGCACAGUGAAGACGCUGGUGUCAUCUGCUCAGCUGCCCAGUCCCGGUCGACGCCCAGGCCAGACACGUGGCCGGCCACCAGCUCACCUGCAACGACAGAAGGAUCUGAAUCCAGUUUGGCCCUGAGGCUGGUGAAUGGAGGUGACACGUGUCAGGGCCGAGUGGAGGUCCUCUACCGAGGCUCCUGGGGCACCGUGUGUGAUGACAGCUGGGACAUCAGUGAUGCCAAUGUGGUCUGCAGGCAGCUGGGCUGUGGCUGGGCCGUGUCGGCCCCAGGAAAUGCCCGGUUUGGUCAGGGCUAUGGACCCAUUGUCCUGGAUGACGUGCGCUGCUCAGGACACGAGUCCUACCUGUGGAGCUGUCCCCACAGUGGCUGGCUCUCCCACAACUGUCGGCACAGUGAAGACGCUGGUGUCAUCUGCUCAGCUGCCCAGUCCCGGUCGACACCCAGGCCAGACACGUGGCCGGCCACCAGCUCACCUGCAACGACAGAAGGAUCUGAAUCUAGUUUGGCCCUGAGGCUGGUGAAUGGAGGUGACACGUGUCAGGGCCGAGUGGAGGUCCUCUACCGAGGCUCCUGGGGCACCGUGUGUGAUGACAGCUGGGACAUCAGUGAUGCCAAUGUGGUCUGCAGGCAGCUGGGCUGUGGCUGGGCCGUGUCGGCCCCAGGAAAUGCCCGGUUUGGUCAGGGCUAUGGACCCAUUGUCCUGGAUGACGUGCGCUGCUCAGGACACGAGUCCUACCUGUGGAGCUGUCCCCACAGUGGCUUGCUCUUUCACAACUGUCAGCACAGUGAAGACGCUGGUGUCAUCUGCUCAGCUGCCCAGUCCCGGUCAACACCCAGGCCAGACACGUGGCCGACCACCAGCUUACCUGCAACGACAGAAGGAUCUGAAUCCAGUUUGGCCCUGAGGCUGGUGAAUGGAGGUGACACGUGUCAGGGCCGAGUGGAGGUCCUCUACCGAGGCUCCUGGGGCACCGUGUGUGAUGACAGCUGGGACAUCAGUGAUGCCAAUGUGGUCUGCAGGCAGCUGGGCUGUGGCUGGGCCGUGUCGGCCCCAGGAAAUGCCCGGUUUGGUCAGGGCUAUGGACCCAUUGUCCUGGAUGACGUGCGCUGCUCAGGACACGAGUCCUACCUGUGGAGCUGUCCCCACAGUGGCUGGCUCUCUCACAACUGUCGGCACAGUGAAGACGCUGGUGUCAUCUGCUCAGCUGCCCAGUCCCGGUCAACACCCAGGCCAGACACGUGGCCGACCACCAGCUUACCUGCAACGACAGAAGGAUCUGAAUCCAGUUUGGCCCUGAGGCUGGUGAAUGGAGGUGACACAUGUCAGGGCCGAGUGGAGGUCCUCUACCGAGGCUCCUGGGGCACCGUGUGUGAUGACAGCUGGGACAUCAGUGAUGCCAAUGUGGUCUGCAGGCAGCUGGGCUGUGGCUGGGCUGUGUCGGCCCCAGGAAAUGCCCGGUUUGGUCAGGGCUAUGGACCCAUUGUCCUGGAUGACGUGCGCUGCUCAGGACACGAGUCCUACCUGUGGAGCUGUCCCCACAGUGGCUGGCUCUCCCACAACUGUCGGCACAGUGAAGACGCUGGUGUCAUCUGCUCAGCUGCCCAGUCCCGGUCAACACCCAGGCCAGACACGUGGCCGACCACCAGCUUACCUGCAACGACAGAAGGAUCUGAAUCCAGUUUGGCCCUGAGGCUGGUGAAUGGAGGUGACACGUGUCAGGGCCGAGUGGAGGUCCUCUACCGAGGCUCCUGGGGCACCGUGUGUGAUGACAGCUGGGACAUCAGUGAUGCCAAUGUGGUCUGCAGGCAGCUGGGCUGUGGCUGGGCUGUGUCGGCCCCAGGAAAUGCCCGGUUUGGUCAGGGCUAUGGACCCAUUGUCCUGGAUGACGUGCGCUGCUCAGGACACGAGUCCUACCUGUGGAGCUGCUCCCACAAUGGCUGGCUCUCACACAACUGUCGGCACAGUGAAGAUGCUGGUGUCAUCUGCUCAGCUUCCCAGGCCCAGUCAACUCCCAGGCCAGAUACUUGGCCAACCACUGACUUACCUGCAUCGACAACAGGAUCUGAAUCCAGUUUGGCCCUGAGGCUCAUGAAUGGAAGUGACAGGUGUCAGGGCCGAGUGGAGGUCCUAUACCAAGGCUCCUGGGGCACCGUCUGUGAUGACUACUGGGACACCAAUGAUGCCAAUGUGGUCUGCAGGCAGCUGGGCUGUGGCUGGGCCCUGUCAGCUCCAGGAAAUGCCCGGUUUGGUCAGGGCUCAGGACCCAUUGUCCUGGAUGACGUGCGCUGCUCAGGGUAUGAGUCCUAUCUGUGGAGCUGUCCCCACAGUGGCUGGCUCUCCCACAACUGUCACCAUAGUGAAGAUGCUGGUGUCAUCUGCUCAGCCUCCCAGAUAAAUUCUACUACUACAGAUUGGUGGCAUCCAAUAACUACAGCCACUGCGAGACCCUCUUCAAAUUGUGGUGGCUUCUUAUUCAAUGCCAGUGGGACCUUCUCCAGCCCAUCCUACCCUGGAUACUAUCCCAACAAUGCUAAGUGUGUUUGGGAAAUAGAAGUGAAUUACGGUUACCGCAUAAACCUGGGCUUCAGUAGUCUGCAGUUGGAGGCACACAAUAGCUGCAGUUUUGAUCAUGUUGAAAUCUUUGAUGGAUCACUGAAUAGCAGCCACCUGCUGGGGAAAAUCUGUAAUGAUACCAGGCAAAUAUUCACAUCUUCUUACAACCGAAUGACCGUUCACUUUCGAAGUGACAUCAGUUUCCAAAACAUUGGCUUUUUGGCUUGGUAUAACUCCUUCCCAAGCGAUGCCAGCCUGAGGUUGGUCAACUUAAACUCAUCCUAUGGUCUAUGUGCCGGGCGUGUAGAAGUUUACCAUCGUGGCACAUGGGGGACAGUUUGUGAUGACUCCUGGACCAUUCAUGAAGCUGAGGUGGUCUGCAGACAGCUAGGGUGUGGACAUGCACUCUCAGCGCUUGGAAAUGCCUAUUUUGGCUCUGGCUCUGGCCCCAUCACCCUGGAUGACGUAGAAUGCGUGGGGACAGAAUCCACGCUCUGGCAGUGCCGGAACCGAGGCUGGUUCUCCCACAACUGCCAUCACCGUGAAGAUGCUGGUGUCAUCUGCUCAGGAUACCAGCUAUCAACAACUGCUCCUUUUCCCAACAUCAGUCAUCCAAACACAAAUUAUUCCUGCGGAGGCUUCCUGAACCAACCAUCAGGGCACUUCUCCAGCCCAUUCUAUCCCGGGAACUAUCCGAACAAUGCCAACUGUGUGUGGGACAUUGAGGUUCAAAGCAACUACCGUGUGACUGUGAUCUUCAGAGAUGUCCAGUUUGAAGGUGGCUGCAACUACGAUUAUAUUGAAGUUUUCGAUGGCCCUUACCACAGUUCCCCUCUCAUCACUCGAGUUUGUGAUGGGGCCAGUGGCUCCUUCACUUCUUCCUCCAACUUCAUGUCCAUUCGCUUCAUCAGCGACCACAGCAUCACGAAGAGAGGGUUCCGGGCUGAGUACCACUCCAGUCCCUCCAAUGACAGCACCAACUUGCUCUGUCUGCCAAAUCACAUGCAAGCCAGUGUGAGCAGGAGCUACCUCCAAUCCCUGGGCUUUUCUGCCAGUGACCUUGUCAUUUCCAACUGGAAUGGAUACUACCAGUGUCGGCCCCAGAUAACGCUGAGCCAGGUGAUAUUCACAAUUCCCUACUCAGGCUGCGGCACCAUCAAGCAGGUAGACAAUGACACCAUCAACUAUUCCAGCUUCCUCAAAGCAGCUGUCUCCCAUGGCAUCAUCAAGAGGAGGAAGGACCUCCUUAUUCACGUCAACUGCAGGAUGCUUCAGAACACCUGGGUCGACACCAUGUACAUUGCUAAUGACACCAUCCGGGUCGAAGAAGUGCAGUAUGGCAAUUUCGACGUGAACAUUUCCUUUUAUUCUUCCUCCUCUUUCUUGUAUCCUGUGACCAGCAGCCCUUACUACGUGGACCUGAACCAGAACUUGUACCUUCAGGCUGAAAUCCUCCAUUCUGAUGCCACGCUGGCCUUGUUUGUGGACACCUGCGUGGCAUCACCACACUCCAAUGACUUCACGUCUUUGACUUAUGAUCUAAUCCGGAGCGGAUGUGUGAAGGAUGAAAGCUACCGGCCCUACUCACAGCCAUCUCCUGGCAUUGCCCGCUUCCGGUUCAACGCCUUCCACUUCCUCAGCCGCUUCCCCUCCGUGUACCUGCAGUGUAAAAUGGUGGUGUGCAGGGCGUAUGACUACUCUUCCCGCUGCUACCGAGGCUGCGUGGUGAGGUCCAAGAGGGAUGUGGGCUCCUACCAGGAAAAGGUGGAUGUCGUCCUGGGUCCCAUCCAGCUGCACCCACCACACCAAGAAGAGGAGCCUUGGUAGGUGGUCGCUCUCAGACCCCACUGGCCAGCGAGGCGCACACCCCUGACUCUCGGGGACUUGGGAUGUUUCUCUUGGUUUCACGUUCCAACUCAAAUUUGAGCACUCCACUCUGAUACACCUGGCCAUACAGAGUUGAAUCAGACCUGGUUCCCGCCUCCCCCAAGGCUCAUGGUCCUGGGAGGACCCGUUGAAGGGCAUGGUCCAGAGAGUUUUGACCUGGAUGUCCCACAGACCUGACCUCCCAGAACCCAUGCUUCCCAUCUGCAAAAUGAAAAUGUUACUUCUUAGCACUGUUGAGAGAGUUACAUAAAGGAAUUUUGGAGAAACUC